CAACAUUACAAACCCCCGGGACUCCAAAACCAAGUCAAUCUCCACCGUUCAAUUUAUGCACUCCAUGUCAUAUACGGCUCAGAUCUUUCUAAUGAUGUGAUCCCUGAGGACUCCCAAAAAUCACCACCAAUGUACGGCGCUCCUCGCCUGCAGCAACGCCAGCGCCGAGAAGAUGAAACAAAGCACAAAAUCCAUUCCAUGGCUGGCUCAGUGCAUUAACAUUAUACACAUGUGACCCCAAAAUUCGGACCAACGGUUCCAUCUCUCACUCCUUUUCAAUCGCCGGCAGAUCGAAACGCAUUUAAGAUUCUUCACCCUAAUUUGUGGCGUUUAAUUGAAAGCGAAAUCAAUACAGCGGGAACGCGCGCAUUAUUCGUUCGUAUCGCCCAACGAGCUACGCAGAGGCAAUCGUCGUCGGAGUUAGGGAUUUUCGGAGACGCUUAAUUUGGGGAAAACAGAAAAAAUUCCGAGAGGCGACAAUGGUAGGUCCGCAGAGGCCAUUGUUCGUGUUGUUCGGAUCGUCGAUAGUUCAGCUGAGCUUCAGCAAUGGCGGAUGGGGCGCAAUCCUCGCCGAUAUCUUCGCUCGCAAGGCUGACAUAGUUACACGAGGUUACUACGGUUGGAACUCGAGAAGAGCUAUCGAAAUCCUCGACAAAGUUUUUCCGAAGGAUGCUGCAAUUCAGCCUUCUCUCGUAAUCGUGUAUUUCGGUGGCAAUGAUUCCAUGGGAGCCCACUCGUCGGGACUUGGCCCUCACGUUCCUCUCCCCGAGUUCGUCGAGAACAUGAGAAAAAUCGCGACACAUCUCAAGAACCUCUCAGAUCAAACCCGGAUAAUAUUUCUCAGCUGCCCUCCUGUCAACGAGGCUAAAGUUCAGGCAAACACGAGCGCGUAUUUCAGCGAACUGGUUCGUACAAACGAGCUGUGUCGCAUAUACUCGGAAGCUUGCAUUAACCUCUGCCAUGAGAUGGACAUCAAAGUGAUCGAUCUAUACAGCGCAAUCCAGAAACGCGACGAUUGGGCUAACACAUGUUUCACCGACGGCGUUCACUUGGCCGCGGAGGGGAGUAAAGUGGUGGUGGAGGAAAUACUGAAGGUGCUGAAGGAAGCGGAUUGGGAGCCAAAACUGCACUGGAAAUCGAUGGCGACGGAGUUCUCAGAGGACUCGCCGUACGAUCUGGUGGCGGCGGACCGGAAAACAACCAUUAAUCCAUCGGAAUGGACCUUCCAUAGAGAAAUUCAAUGGGACUGAACUUAUGAGGUGAGGUUUCUGCUUCCUCAACAACUGCUCAAUGGUUUCCAGAUUGAUUCUCUAUUAUAAUGAUUGCCAUGUAAAUUCAAUUGCGUUUUCCUUAAUUUCGUAAAAAUUCAUCGGUGUGUUUUUUUUUUUUUUUGGUUUGGAUUGGGAAGAUCUAGUUUGAAUUUUGAGUUCAAAUAUGUUCGAUGUACUGGGUUAAUUAAUAUUUUAUU